AUGACGACCUCUUGUGGCUGCCUUUGCGGCGCCUCGGGCCAUGGCUCCCAUGGCAUAGAGUCCACGCCUCCAUCUAUGCGCAUCGACGUCCACACCCACAUCAUGCCUUCUGAGCUGCCGAGCUUCACCCUCUUGGAUGACGAUGUUCCCAGCAAUGAAAGUCAAGAAUGGAUCACGUUGAGACCACACAACGAACAAGGCCCUGGGGCAAACGGAAUCAAUGGCUCAAAAGCACCGAAGAGAGUCGACAUGUACGUCGGCGACCGGUUCUUUAGAACAGUAGAAGCCAACUGCUACGACCCCGAGGCGCGACUGAAGGACAUGGACGAGACCGGAAUCGAUGUGCAAGUGCUGAGCACUGUUCCAAUUCUGUUUUCCUAUGAUAAGCCGGCGAAACAGGCCGCGUCUAUGGCCCGAUAUCUCAAUGAUCACAUCGCUUCAGUAUGUCACAAAUAUCCCACGCGGUUCAUCGGCCUAGCGACAGUCCCUUUGCAAGAUGUUGCGGCGUCAAUCGCGGAAUUGCGACGUUCAAAAGAGGAACUGGGGUUAAAGGGCGUUGAGAUUGGAGCUGAGAUCAAUGGACGCAGCCUGGACAGUACGGAGUUCGAACCAUUCUGGACGGCAUGCGAGGACCUGGAUUAUCCUAUCUUUGUGCACCCUUUGGGAUACGAAUGGGAAAGGGAGAAUAAGAGCCGGUGGCAGCCGUAUUGGUCUGCGUGGUUGGUAGGAAUGCCGAGUGAGACCGCUCUCGCCAUGCACGCAAUCCUCUCAUCCGGCGUGUUAGUUUCCCACCCAAAGCUACGUUUCUGCUUUGCGCAUGCUGGUGGAAGCUAUCUACCUUUGCUAGGCCGCAUUCAACACGGCUAUAACUGUCGGCCGGACCUUGUGGCGCAUAGCGCGCGGGGCGUCUUGCCAGCGGACUUCUUUAAGCAACACCAGGCCAACAUCUGGCUGGACAGCCUGAUGCACGACCCUGACCUCGUAGAGUAUAUCUGCAGGAAAAUCGGCGUUGGAAGGAUUGUUCUGGGCAGCGACUAUCCGUUUCCCCUGGGGGAGAUGCCGCAGCCUGGGGAGCUACUAUCUACAGACUCACAGAUUCAGAAAUUCCUGUGCACAAAGAGCAAGGAGCGCAUCAUGGCGAAGAAUGUAUUAGAAUUUCUAGGCAUAGAUAAGAUACCUGCGUGA